ACGAGGUAAGACCUUCAAUCAUAAAUUAUACCAUUUUUGUGAAUAUUAUUUUCUAAAUUUACCUUCAUUUAGUGUCAGUUGAGCUCCCAAGUGCAGGCGUUAUGUGUUCGUCGGUAUUUUCCAGGUUUAAAUUUCGAAAAUGGAAGUUCAAGAGUGUAACAACAAUGUGGAGGGUCCAUACCCAAUACUGUUCAUACCUAAAGUGUGUACUUCUUUGGAAACCAACUGUGAGAUGUCAGAAAAUGUUUUCAUACACUUGAACAUUUCAUCCCCAGACACUGAAGGGAAUGAAACCGUUAUCUAUAAAGGCUACUGCAAUGUAAAAGUCAUAGAUGGUGGUGAUAUCAGCGUCAAGUACAAUUCACCAAAUAUUUACUCAAGCAAUGACAAUAAUAAUCUGCCUGUAGUUCUGGCUGAAGCGAAUCAGAUAACAUUCCCAACAUACAAUGAUUCCCAGGUCUGGAUAGACCCCAUGAGAAGCCCGUAUGUGUACAAUCGUUGUGAGUCUCCAGUGCAAGAGACAUACACCAUACAUGAGUCUCAUGACAAGCAAAUUACUAUCGAACAGCAUAAUACUUACAUAACUCAAAACGUGUACAGUUACAAAGAAGCUAUUCAGUAUUCUCCCAUCAGUGAUGAACCAAAUGUAGUGAAGAAGACUCAAGAAAAUGUCCAGACUGCUGAAGGUUAUAACAUUUAUGAAGAAGAUGAGCUUGAAUGUGGUGUGUUCCUCUCUCAGCUGUCAGAAGAGAUUAUUAUUCAUGAUAAUGAGACCAGGACUCGGGAUGAAAGGAAGUUUGUUGGUCUAAAGACGGACAAUGAGGCUUUGAAACAACUCAUGUCUUCAGAUAUACAGUCUGUUUCUAGACAGCAAAAAACUAUUCUGUAUUUGGGCCAUGACUCUGAGUCUGGGCAAACCGUGCAGAAUAUUGCAAUCGAUGAUCCUUUAGUUGAGUGUGUACAAGCCAACACAGAGAAAGAAACAACAAUCGACUUUCCCACAAAUUCGAAUCCACGCAAGAAAAAGUACCAAUGUAACAAAUGCAAGAAAUUGUUUGACGAACUGUUUGCGUUCAAGCAGCAUAUGGUGAGCAGCCACCACCACCCAGGCUUGUCUGCACUCUCCGCCAACGUCAACUUUAUGUGCAAAGAAUGUGGAAAAAACCUGAAAAACCAAGAAAAGUUUGAGCAACACUGCCUAGGGCACGGCGACCCAGACUUGGAAUGUAACAAGUGCCACAAAGUGUUCGCGUCAAAGUUCACCUUGCGCAAUCACCGGAAGAUACAUUCUCGAAUGUUUCCAUGCGGACACUGCACAAAGUCUUUUUCUACUGCGCCGGAGUUGCGCGCGCAUGUGUCCAAAAUUCACUUCAUUUUCAUGUGUCACUUGUGUUCUUAUUUUACCGAAGUAAUGGCUGAAUUGAACGCACACUAUAAAGAUCAUGCGAAUAGUUCUAAAUCUUCAACGAACUCCAGCGAGACUGUGUUCCCCGGCUCCUUUGAGGAGAUCAGUAACGAUACAGUCACAGAAGAUAAUAUUGUGAAGGUGGAAGACGAGGAGAGCUUGCAAACUGCCGAUUCGGUCAUAGCAAAAGUGAUUUCUAAUAAGAUAUUUCAGGCAAAUCCUAAAAAGAAAAAAAACCAGAGGAAAUAUAACAAGACUUGCGAAGUUUGUCGCAAAAAGUUCGACCGGAUUGGUGACCUCAAGAGGCAUUUGAUCGAGCACGUGAUAAGAAGCACCCUGUCCAAGAAUCCAGUCAACAGCUUCGGAGUCCUGAACAUCCGAUGCGAGGUCUGUCAAGAAAAGGUAUUUACCAAAGUCGAUAGAUACAAAGCUCAUCUGAGGGAGCACGCCAAACUGACCAUCUAUAAAUGCACGUUUUGCGAUAAAUCCUUCAGCGAUUCCAGUAAUUUCUCUAAGCACAAGAAGGUCCAUGGUUCUACCUUCUUCCAAUGCGAUAUGUGCCAAAGGAAAUUCAACUCUAAAAAGAUGAUAGCCCAGCAUAUGGAAUACCAUAACAAGAAUGGUCCAAUCAAGUGUCGGUUUUGCGAUAAGAUGUUUCAUUUCGAGUCGAUGUUGAACAAGCAUAUCAAAAGUUGUCACAACAAGCAGAUUAUGCCUAAGUUUUGGUGCAGGUUCUGUAGAAACCAUUUUAGUUGUUUGAAGGAGAAAUGGGACCAUGAAUGGCUGGUCCAUAAUGUCAGGAAGAUAAUUGCAGACUGCUUGUUUUGUGGCUCCAGGUUCAGAAAGUAUUCUGAGCUUAAAAGACACUGCACUGAGGAACACGAUGCCGUGAUACCUCGGGCCAAAAAGUUGCUGGGGUGGAAAUGGAAAGGCAAGAUGAGUUUACUCGAAAGUUGUACAUGAAUUAUAAAAAGGCUGGUCUUUUUUGUUUAUAUCUUAGUACAAAUGUUUUCCCAUGCAUAAUGAACAAAUGGGUAACUAAUUAAUUUAUUGUUAUUUACACUUAAGAUAAUAUAUUUUUGUGACCGCGACUGUUAAGUUGUAAAUAGCAUUUUAACGAGUGCUAUCAUUGUGUAUUUAAGCAGUUGAUUUUUGUAAUAUUUUAGAUGAUUUUUUUCGUUAUGUUUACAAGAAUUACAAAGGAACUAUAUUUAUAGGAUUAACCCUUAAGCUUUGAAUAUCUAUACCAUGUGUGACUAAGUUGAUUAUUGUAACUUAGAGGUAUAAAUCAUAUUUACGAACUUAUUCUUACAGUCACUGGAUUCUCAAAACUGUCAGUGGAACUUUAAAGGGGUUUUUUCAUAUACAACUUAGGAAUUUAGGAGAGAGAGUUUUUGAUCAUGUUUUUUGUUAUAUUUUAUAUUAUAUAGUAUGUAAGUGUUUAAUAUAUUGUUACUGUUUAUUUUAUAUUUUGUUUACAAUCAGCCUACUUAUUUAGCUUUAAGUGAGUUGAGUCUUUUGUAACUUUUUUUUACAUUCCGAUUUUUGGUGGAGGUUAGUAAAUAGCUUGUUUUUCACAAUACUAAAGUAAUCCUUUAGGUUAAUCGAUGUUCCUACUUAAAUAAAGUUUGUUUUGUUGAAA